UAAAAUAAAAUAUUUUUGUGUGAGAGAUUAAUAUUUUAUUUUAACAUAACUUCUUGAAAUAAUAUCUCGUGGACUUAGAAUGUUUCAGUGUAGAUUUUGGUGAGCUUAAAAGGGACGUUUACUUCCAGUACAAAUACAAAUACAGCAUGUAUGCAGAAAAGGGGCUAUGGAUUAAAUCUUGAUCCUGAAAAGAUGCAGUUCUUGAAGCCAUUUUUAUAUGUUUACAACUGUUUGAAUUUAUUGUUUGAGUCUCUGUAAGCAUAUAAAUGUAUUUUUCUUGUUUUCUAGUGAACUUGCAGCAGCCCAGUAUUUUCCUCAGUGAUCCUGAUGGAUGGUUUCACGUGGGGCCUCAGGGGCCAGUGAUCACCAGGGGUCACAGUUUCACUAUCAUCUGUAACACUGACUCUCAGUUUCCUGGAGGAUCUUUUCACCUGUUCAGAGGAUCAAACAUCACCAGGACUGAGUCAGCUGUCAAUCACUCUGCCUCCUUCUUCUUUCCUGAGGCAGAUUAUUCACACGAGGGAAACUACAGUUGUGUUUAUGAAGUCAGUGUCUCAUCACGCUCCUUCCGUUCAUCUGCCUCUGAACUGCUGCUCAUCACUAUCACAGUGAACUUGCAGCAGCCCAGUAUUUCCCUCAGUGAUCCUGAUGGAUUGUUUCACGUGGGGCCUCAGGGGCCAGUGAUCACCAGGGGUCACAGUUUCACUAUCAUCUGUAACACUGACUCUCAGUUUCCUGGAGGAUCUUUUCACCUGUUCAGAGGAUCAAACAUCACCAGGACUGAGUCAGCUGUCAAUCACUCUGCCUCCUUCUUCUUUCCUGAAGCAGAUUAUUCACACGAGGGAAAUUACAGUUGUGUUUAUGAAGUCAGUGUCUCUUCACGCUCCUUCCGUUCAUCUGCCUCUGAACUGCUGCUCAUCACUAUCACAGCCUCCCUGCUUCCUGUCAUUGGUGCUGCAGUGUCAGCUGUGCUGCUCUUAUUGUCUGUCCUUAUAAUCAUCCUCCUGCUGAAGAGGAGACAAAAGAAAAAGAACAAGGAAACUCAUUCAAAAGAGGGACCUUCAGCUCAGCUACCUUGGUAA